UAGUGGGAUUGCACAAUAACACAGCAUCGAAACAGUGGCGUCUCUUCCAUUCAGUCAGAGAGAAAGAUCCGAGCGUCCUUCUAGGGUUUCCAUCUCCGAUUUUGACUUGAACUCCUCGUGGAUUCUCCCCGUCUCAGCUCCCGGCUCGUCCGCCUUUCUCCAUUCUCCCGCUGCUCGUCUUCAUCGGAAGGUACGGCUUCUUCACUGCCGCCUCUCACGAUUCGCUCCGGUAACGGCGUCGAAAUGAGCUCCGGCGGGUUUGUAUUUGCUUCUGUGAGUUGUUGAGCUGCUCCGGUGUUUAGUUGUUGAGAAAGGAAUGGAGAAAUUGCUGCAGCUGUGCAGAAUUUAGUGACUGGUUUGACGUUGCUGUGGGGAUUAAGCCAGUCCUAGGUGUUUAAUUUGGUGGAGGAAGGGAAAAUGCCAGAGGAGGACCUCAUAGAGCUCAAGUUCCGGUUGUAUGAUGGAUCGGAUAUUGGUCCUUUCCAGUACUCGCCUACAUCAACUAUUGGCAUGGUGAAGGAGAGAAUCGUGGCUGAAUGGCCUAAAGAUAAGAAAAUUGCACCGAAGUCCGCAAAUGACAUCAAACUGAUAAAUGCUGGCAAAAUUUUGGAAAACAGCAAGACCGUUGGACAAUGUAGGAUACCCUUUGGAGAGCUUCCAAAAGCAGUGAUCACCAUGCAUGUGGUUGUGCAGCAGUCAGUAGCAAAAACAAAGACUGAGAAGAAGGUGGACGAGGUUCCGAGGAAACAAAUGUGCCAAUGCACCAUAAUGUAAGAAAUGUGCUUGCAAAAAUCAUACUAUAGGUACGUGCUGCUGGGAUAGCGAUCUCCAAGGAAGUUGAAACCAUUUGAUUAGAGUUGGCCAUCCUCACCUGUUAUAUGAUUCGUUCGAGGGGCUUUGUUUGUUGUAUCAACAGGCACUGACACUGAGCUGCGCUGCUAUAUGAUUGGUGUCCCUUCUCCUCUUAGUUUUUUUAUUGUCGUCUUCUCCUCCUCUCCUCUCCCUCUCUGUUUGUAACACAAGGAUUGGUCUUGGCCGAUACGAGUCCCAAGUUCAAAGCGGUAAAAGGGUUUAGAAAGAAGAAAAGAAUUUGUGUAAAGGUUCUGCUAUUGUGAAUCUGUUGUGGGGACAUGAUUGCGGGAUGAAUUCUGUGCUGAAGUGGUUUGAGUUGAUCAAUCAAUGCAUGUAUGUAGCAUAGGCAAACUUCUCCUGUAUGACGGCGCUUCUCUCUCGCCUCUCCUUCAUAGUAUCAUUAGUUUAAAUUGCUAUUUGAUUCCUCGAUAGCAAGUGUUGGACUCUUGAAUGUAAAGCGUGUGUGUCUGACUCUUUUGAGUAUCGACUUUCUUUCUGCUAA